GUCCUGCUCAGGCUGGAGCCAGAAAGCACUAGCCAGUGUUCUGCUCUCUUGUAAAGGAGAAUAUUGAAUAAAACACAUUGGAUGCCAAUAAGAAAAAAAUGCAUCCUUCCUGGGUCUGGAUCGCUCUCUGCUUGCUCUGUCCGCCUGUGAUUUAUGGUGGGAAGGUUCUUGUUUUUCCAUUGGACGGAAGCCACUGGGUGAACAUGAAAGUCAUCAUUGAGGAACUACAUUCAAGGGGCCACCAGGUUUCUGUUGUGCGAUCGACAGACAGUUGGUACAUCAAGGAAACCUCGCCAUUCUAUACUUCAAUCACGCUCGAUACGGAAUCUGGAUUUGAUGAAGACUUUAUAAGUACUUUUGUGACCCAGUUGCUGGAAAUCCAGAGGGAAGGGAAGUCUGCCUGGACACGUUUUAAACUGGAAAUGGAACAAGCACAACAGACCUCUCAGCUGCAUGAGAAAACAUGCAAAAUGCUUGAGCUGCUUUUUGAAAACAAAGAACUUAUACGGUUGCUACGGGAUGCCAAUUAUGACCUCGUCCUUACAGACCCUGCUAUACCAGGGGGUGUUAUACUUGCCCACUACCUCAGGUUGCCUCUUGUUUUCAAUGUCAGAUGGACUAGUCACGGUGAAGGCCAUUUUUCAAUUGCGCCUUCUCCUGUGUCUUAUGUUCCAAUGACAGGGACCGAGCUUUCAGAUAAAAUGAGCUUUCUUGAGAGACUUCUUAAUGUUAUCAUUUUUGGCUUCACAAAAUAUCAAAUUGCACAGUAUGUUUUACCAAAUUAUGUCAGCUUAAUUGAUAAAUACAUAGGUCCAGAUAGAGACUUCAUAUCCCUGUUUCAAGCAGCAGACCUGUGGCUCAUGAGAGUGGACUUUGUGUUUGAGUUCCCUCGUCCCACCAU